AUGUCUGCAGACGUCGGCGAUUCUGAUCCGGUGCACGACGAAUCUAGACUCGAAAAAUACGAUUCUAGCUACUUUUUUUCCAAUUCUUCAAAGAAACCACAAAAUGAAGGGAUGGGUUCGGUUCCAUCCAUUGAAAUCCUUCCGGAUGAGUGUCUAAUCGAGAUCUUCACUCGCCUUUCGAUUGGACAAUCAACUAGUGCAUCUGCAUGUGUUUCCAAGCGUUGGCUUAAGCUCUUAAUCACCAUCCGAAGUGCUGAAUAUCGCAUACAAGAAGAUGAGAAUGUUGAAUUCGGAGAUGAUGAACAUCUCAGCAGAUCUUUAGAGGGGAAGAAUGCGACAGACAUUAGACUUUUCGCUAUUGCAAUAGGAGUCGCGAGUCUAGGAGGGCUUGGCAAGCUAAUGAUAAAAGGAAGCCCCGAUUUGGUUAAUGGAGUUUCAGAUGCGGGUCUUUCUGCAAUAUCUCACUAUUGUCAUUCUCUGAGAGUUCUUUCUUUAUGGAACACCCCUCUGGUGGGUGAUCAAGGGUUGUUGGCGAUUGCAAAUGAAUGUCCACUACUAGAGAAUAUUGAGCUUUCUCACUGCACAAGGAUUUCCAACUAUGGCUUGGCUUCAAUUGCAGAGUAUUGCCCUAACUUGAUCUAUCUUACGAUCGAGUCAUGUCCUAGGAUAAACGAUCUAGGAAUCAUCAGUCUGGUUCAGUCGGCUUCAAGGCUAAGGAAGUUGAAGAUUCAUUCGUUAAGAAUAUCAGGCAUAUCCCUUGCUGCUAUUGGCUUCUAUGGGAAGUCGUUAGACACAUUAAUCCUCGGCAGGCUUAAAGAAACUGGAAUCUUUAACGGUCAGUUCUUGUAG